UCAGCGACUGCACAAUUCUCUACUCGGUGCUCUCUGCAACCGGCUCUGUGCAAACUUGGCCGUAUCCCCUCGCUUUUCAAUGUUUUCAUGCUCUGCUCGAUGCGCUCAUUGCGAUGCUGAAUUUGCUGAUCUCUCUCUCUCUCUCUCUCUCUCAAUCGCAUCGCUCUCUCUCAAAUCAUCUUCCAUAGUCAUAGCACGAGAAUCUCACUAUUGUAGGUUUUAGUCAUUACCCAACAGGUCCAGAACCUCAGAAACAACAAGAUUCCGCAUCUGACAUCGCACGAGAAAUGGGUUGCGCACAGUCCAGAAUAGACAACGAAGAGUCGGUGUCGCGCUGCAAGGACCGCAAGAACCUCAUCAAAGAUGCUGUUAUAGCCCGUAACGCCUUCGCCGCAGGCCAUUCCGGCUACGCCGUGGCCUUAAAAGACACUGGGGCCGCGCUCAGCGACUACGGUCACGGGGAAGCCGAAGAGCUGCACCAGCAGCCGGUGGAGCCCACCACCUCACAACCCCCGCCACCGCCUCCGCCUCCCAUGGACAACUUUCUGCCACCUCCGCCGCUCCCGAACUUCUCCCCGAGCCCCGGCCCCGGCCCGAUGAAACGAACCACGAGCUUGCCCGCUAUGCCGAUAAAGCCACGAAAAACCAGGGCCAUUGCCAUUACCGAAGAAGAAGAAGAUGAAGAAGAGGAAGAAGGAGAAGAUGAUGACGAGGGUAAUAUCGGAAUGAAAAAUAACGUUAUUAUUGCAAAGGAUUCGAGAAAUGGGGCCGGGGAAGAGGUCCCACCACUGACACCAGAAAUGAAGGCGGUCCCUCCGAUGCCGGAAUCGAAGGGCAUGGCCUGGGAUUACUUUUUUAUGGUGGAGGAAAAUAUGCCCCCGGCGGGCCAGUCUUUAAACGAGAACGUUAGCUGUGAUAAUAUUAAUGAAGGCGCGGCAUUUGGUGAAGAAACGCAAAAUGUGGGCCCCAAUGGCAGUGAUCUGGUGGAGCCGAAGACGCCGGAUAGAGUGGAGGAGGAGGAGAAGGAGAAGCAAAUAGAGCGCACAAAGACUGCGCCGGAGGAGUUUAAGAGAGCUGGAAAGGCGGUGCCCAGUGUUAGUUUGAUGAAGGUAUUGAGUGAGCUUGACGAUCAUUUCUUGAAAGCCUCCCAGAGUGCACAGGAGGUCUCCAACAUGCUCGAGGCCACUCGCUUGCAUUACCACUCCAAUUUCGCAGAUAAUCGGGGACAUAUAGAUCAUUCUGAAAGGGUAAUGCGUGUUAUCACAUGGAAUAAAUCAUUCAGAGCUAUAGCAACUAGUGAGGGUGGGAAGGAUGACUUUGAUUCGGAAGAAAAUGAAACUCAUGCUACUGUUUUGGAUAAGUUGUUAGCAUGGGAAAAGAAACUUCAUCAAGAAGUCAAGCAAGGUGAGCUAAUGAAGCUCGAGUAUCAGAGGAAGGUUUCUCUGCUGAACAAGCAGAAGAAACGUAAUGUGAGUGCUGAAUCCUUGGAAAAAACAAAAGCGGCAGUAAGUCAUUUGCAUACAAGAUAUAUAGUCGACAUGCAAUCAAUGGAUUCGACGGUUUUUGAAGUAAAUCGUUUACGUGAUGAGCAGUUGUACCCAAAGCUUGUUGAACUUGUUGAUGGGAUGGCCAAAAUGUGGGCAACCAUGCGUGCACAUCACAGCAACCAACUGAGACUUGUUACAGACCUGAAGUCCCUUGACAUUGCACAUGCUCCAAAGGAAACAACAAAACACCAUCAUGACCGCACCAUACAACUUUGGAAUGUCGUUGAAAAGUGGCACUCGCAAUUUGAAAAACUUGCGACUCAUCAAAAACAAUACAUCCGAGCUCUUAACAGUUGGUUAAAAUUAAAUCUUAUCCCAAUUGAAAGCAGCUUAAAGGAGAAAAUCUCAUCACCACCAAGAGUCCAGCAUCCUCCAAUCCAAACUCUCCUCCAAUCGUGGCAUGACCAUCUUGAAAAGCUUCCAGAUGAACUUGUGAAAUCUGCAAUUGGCUCCUUUGCUGCUGUGAUUAAAAACAUAAUACUCCAUCAGGAGGAAGAGAUGAAGCUAAAAGAGAAGUGCGAGGAGACCAGGAAGGAGUUUUUACGUAAAAACCAGGCAUUUGAGGAAUGGUACGAGAAAUAUAUGCAGCGGAGGGGGCCAGAUGAAAUGGAUCCUGAAAGAGGUGAAGAUGCAAAUCCCAAGGAUCCCAUCUCGGAGAAGAAAUUUGCAGUUGAGAGCUUGAAGAAGAGGUUGGAAGAGGAAGUUGAAUCUCACCAAAGACAUUGUAUUCAGGUGAGAGAGAAGUCACUGGGUAGUCUCAAAACUCGUUUACCUGAGCUCUUCCGAGCCAUGUCAGGCUAUGCUCAUGCUUGUUCUGACACUUACGAGAAAGUGAGGUCCGUCACACAGUAUCAGAAAUCUGACGUUGGUCCUACAGAAUGUUGGGACCGUCAAACAAGAGAGUAUGUGGCAAUCAAGGUUGUCCGAAGCAUACGCAAAUACCGUGAUGCAGCUAUGAUCGAGGUCGAUGUGCUUCAACAUCUUGCCAAGAAUGAUAAAGGCAACUCACAUUGUGUUCAGAUUCGGAACUGGUUUGACUACCGGAAUCACAUAUGCAUUGUGUUUGAGAAGCUUGGACCAAGCUUAUUUGAUUUUCUAAAGAGAAAUAAAUACUGCCCAUUCCCUGUGGAUCUUGUUCGGGAAUUUGGAAGACAGCUUUUGGAAUCUGUAGCAUAUAUGCAUGAUUUACACUUAAUUCACACUGACCUGAAGCCAGAAAAUAUACUUCUUGUAUCAUCUGAACAUAUAAAGCUUCCUGGUUGUAAGAAGCUUGCAAUGGUACAGAGAUUUUCUUCAGAUGAAAUGCAAUUCAGGUGCUUGCCCAAGUCUAGUGCCAUUAAGCUGAUUGAUUUUGGCAGUACUGCCUUUGACAAUCAAAAUCAUAGCUCCAUUGUGUCAACGAGACAUUACAGAGCCCCUGAGGUUAUUUUAGGAUUAGGAUGGAGUUAUCCGUGUGAUUUGUGGAGCGUUGGCUGCAUACUUAUUGAACUAUGCUCAGGUGGAGCAUUAUUUCAGACGCAUGAGAACCUAGAGCAUUUGGCAAUGAUGGAGAGGGUGUUGGGACCUCUGCCAGAGCAUAUGGUUAAAAGGGCCGACCGAGGUGCUGAAAAGUACUUCAGGCGAGGCUCACGACUGAAUUGGCCAGAAGGAGCAGUUUCAAGGGAGAGCAUUAGAGCUGUCAAUAAGCUUUACUGUUUAAAGGAUCUGGUAUCUCAACAUGUAGUGUCCUCAAGAUCCUCCCUCACUGAUUUAUUGCAAGGCUUGUUGAAGUAUGAUCCCUCCGAACGUCUCACGGCUAGACAAGCUCUUAGUCAUCCCUUCUUUCAGAAUCAAACUUUGAGAGAGUAGCAUAAUGACAUGAAACCUAUUGUACGGUUUACAAUGCUGGUCUGGGUUGAUACUUGUUUGGCGUUGAGAGAGAGAGAGAGAGAGUAUAAGUUGCUGGCUCAGUACACGUUUUGUGCAAUAUGUUUAAUGAAAUAUUGAUUUCGUUUUAUAAAUAUAUUUAUUUUGGCUGGUUGGAAUCAA